AUGGUUUUGCCUCCACCAAAUGUGACAGGAAAUUUACAUGUUGGACAUGCACUUACAGUUGUUGUGCAAGAUAGUAUUUGUCGCUAUAAUAGAUUGUUGGGAAAGGAGGUUCGUUGGAUACCUGGUUUUGAUCAUGCUGGUAUAGCAACUCAAACAGUUGUUGAAAAACAUAUUUUAAAAAAAUUUGGAAGGAAAAGAGAAGAAAUAUUGACAGAUGAAGAAUUUUUGUAUUUUUGUGAUAAGUGGAAAAAUGAACGUAUUGCUGAUAUUAAAAAACAAUUAAAUUCAUUAGGAUGUUCUUUGGAUUGGGAACAUGAAUUUUAUACAUUGGAUGAGGAUUUUUCUGAUACAGUUACAGAAGCAUUUGUUCGUUUAUAUGAUUUGGGUUUAAUUACUCGUGAAACUCGUUUAGUCCAAUCAUUUAAUGAAAAUGAGCCAACAAUGAAAGAACAAUGGUUUCUUAAAAUGACUGAAAUGAAUAAAAAAUUAUUAAAAGAUUUGCAAGAAGAAUUGUGUAAGUUUAAUAUAAAUCCUGCUACCGUUAAAGGCAAUUUGAUUGAAUUUUUAAAAUUUGAAGAGCCUUGGUGUUUAAGUAGACAACUUAUUUGGGGACAUAAAAUACCUGCAUAUUUUGUUGAAAGUUCAAAAAGAUGGAUAGUUGCUUUAACUGAAGAAGAUGCUCGCGAACAACUUUUGCCUUCAGAAAAGGAUUCUAAAUUAAUUCAAGAUUCUGAUGUUCUUGAUACUUGGUUUAGUUCUGCAUUAAUUCCAUUGGUUAUUGGUGAUUAUCCUAAUGGAAAUAAAAUUAGUUUAAUGGAAACUGGACAUGAUAUAAUAGGUUUUUGGGUUGCUAGAAUGUUGGUUAUUUGUAAAAGAUUAACUGGCCAUUAUCCAUUUUACAAUAUUUUAAUUCAUGGUUUAAUAAGAGAUAGUCAAAAUAGAAAAAUGAGCAAAUCUUUGGGAAAUGUUGUCGACCCAAUGGAUAUUAUUAAUGGAAUAACACUUGAACAAAUGAUUACAAGAAUGAAAAGUUCAAAUCUUCCACUUGAGGAUAUGGAAGCCUCAGAAAAAGAUUUGAGGAAACGUUUUCCUAAUGGUAUAAAAGCUUGUGGAGCAGAUGCUUUGCGAUUUGCACUGUUACGACAUGAUGCUACAGAUUUUGAAAUUCAUAUAGAUAUACCUCGUUUUGCUGAUGAAGGAAGGCGUUUUUGUAAUAAAAUAUGGAAUAUGUGUAAAUAUGUUGAAAAAGUUAAGAAAGAAAAUAACGAAAGUUAUGAUCGAGGGGAACAAAAAAAUGUUGAAUAUUUUGAGACUGAGAAUGAUGCCGAUAUAUAUAGAAAACUUAAUCAAACUGUUCAACUUUAUUAUUAUUUUAUGGAUAAGAAUAAACCACAUUUAGCAUUUCAUCAUUUAUAUUUGUUUAUUUUGGUUGAUGUUUGUGACAAUUAUUUGGUAUUUUUUUUUAAAUUAUAA